AGAUGGCGGCGGGGAGGUAGGCAGAGCCGGACGCCGCUUCUGCCGCCGCCGCCGCCGCCGCCGCCGCCUCCGCUCCUGUUGCCUCCGGCUCCUCACGCGCUCACGGACCGGGAGAAGCUAUUCUGGCGUCGGGUCCGGCGGGUAAAAUGAUGUCCCUUGUAUCUGCUCAGACCAAUGAAGAGCUCUAGUCUCCUCUGUCUCAUCCCUGCUGAUAAGGGUCGAUGUUGGUGUUAAUGAGUGCUGUACUUUCUGCUCUUUUGGGUGACAUUGCUUCUCAGGAUUCCCUGGCAAAGUGAUGGUGGAACCAGGGCAAGAUUUACUGCUUGCUGCCUUGAGCGAGAGUGGGAUUAGUCCGAACGACCUCUUUGAUGUUGAUGGUGGAGAUGCUGGGCUCACGACUCCUACUCCUCCUUCAGUUCAACAGUCGAUGCCACUUAGUGCAUUAGAACUAGGUUUGGAGACAGAAGCAGCAGUUCCUGUUAAACAAGAACCAGAGACAAUGUCUACUCCUGCACUGUUAAAUGUGAGGCAGCAGCCUCCAUCCACUACAACAUUUGUGCUGAAUCAAAUAAAUCAACUUCCGACCUUGGGAUCUACAAUUGUUAUGACUAAAACACCACCUGCAACAACCAAUAGGCAAACCAUCACUUUGACAAAAUUUAUCCAGACUACGGCAAACACACGCCCUUCAGUCUCAGCACCAGCAGUACGAAAUGCCUUGCCCCCUGCUCCUUCAAAAGACCAGGUUCAGUUGAAGGAUUUACUGAAAAAUAAUAGUCUAAAUGAACUCAUGAAACUGAAACCACCUGCUAACAUUGCUCAGCCAGUUGCGACUGCAGCUACUGAUGUCAGUAAUGGUGCAGUAAAAAAAGAAUCUUCUAAUAAAGAAGUAGCAAGAAUAUGGAUAAAUGACAUGAAAAUGAGGAGUUUUUCCCCCACCAUGAAAGUUCCUGUUGUUAAAGAGGAGGAUGAACCAGAAGAAGAAGAUGAGGAAGAAAUGGGUCAUGCAGAGACGUAUGCAGAGUACAUGCCAAUAAAAUUAAAAAUUGGCCUGCGUCACCCUGAUGCAGUAGUGGAGACUAGUUCUUUGUCCAGUGUCACACCUCCUGAUGUUUGGUACAAAACUUCAAUCUCUGAAGAGACCAUUGAUAAUGGCUGGCUCUCAGCGUUGCAGCUCGAGGCGGUUACCUACGCAGCCCAGCAACAUGAAACAUUCCUCCCUAAUGGAGAUCGUGCUGGCUUCUUAAUAGGUGAUGGUGCUGGUGUGGGCAAAGGCCGGACGAUAGCAGGGAUUAUAUAUGAGAACUAUUUGUUGAGUAGAAAGAGAGCACUGUGGUUUAGUGUAUCAAAUGACUUAAAAUAUGAUGCUGAAAGAGAUUUAAAGGAUAUUGGAGCAAAAAACAUUUUGGUCCAUUCAUUAAAUAAGUUUAAAUAUGGAAAAAUUUCUUCCAAGCACAAUGGGAGUGUGAAAAAGGGUGUUAUUUUUGCUACCUAUUCUUCUCUUAUUGGUGAAAGCCAGUCUGGUGGUAAAUAUAAGACCAGGUUAAAACAGCUUCUGCAUUGGUGCGGUGAUGACUUCGAUGGAGUGAUAGUGUUUGAUGAAUGUCACAAAGCAAAAAACCUCUGUCCUGUUGGUUCUUCAAAGCCAACCAAGACAGGGUUGGCCGUUUUAGAGCUUCAGAACAAGUUGCCAAAAGCCAGAGUUGUUUAUGCCAGUGCCACUGGUGCUUCGGAACCACGGAACAUGGCCUAUAUGAACCGUCUUGGAAUUUGGGGUGAGGGAACUCCAUUCAGAGAAUUCAGUGAUUUUAUCCAAGCAGUGGAACGCAGAGGUGUUGGUGCCAUGGAAAUAGUUGCUAUGGAUAUGAAGCUUAGAGGAAUGUACAUUGCACGACAGCUGAGCUUUACUGGAGUGACCUUCAAAAUAGAGGAAGUUCUUCUUUCACAGAGUUAUGUUAAAAUGUAUAACAAAGCAGUCAAGCUGUGGGUCAUUGCUAGAGAGAGAUUUCAGCAAGCUGCCGAUUUGAUUGAUGCUGAACAGAGAAUGAAGAAAUCUAUGUGGGGUCAAUUCUGGUCUGCUCACCAGAGGUUUUUUAAGUACCUGUGCAUAGCAUCUAAAGUGAAAAGGGUAGUUCAACUGGCUCGGGAGGAAAUCAAGAAUGGGAAGUGUGUGGUAAUUGGUCUGCAGUCUACAGGAGAAGCUAGAACUCUGGAAGCCUUGGAAGAGGGUGGAGGAGAACUAAAUGAUUUUGUUUCAACUGCCAAAGGGGUAUUGCAGUCACUCAUUGAAAAACACUUUCCUGCUCCAGAUAGGAAGAAACUUUAUAGUUUGCUAGGAAUCGAUUUGACAGCUCCAAGUAACAACAGUUCACCAAGAGAUAGCCCUUGUAAAGAAAACAAAAUAAAGAAGCGGAAAGGUGAAGAAAUAACUCGAGAAGCCAAAAAAGCACGAAAAGUUGGUGGCCUUACUGGUAGCACCUCUGAUGACAGCGAAAGUGAGUCUGAUGUCUCUGACAAUGAAGAAAGUGACUACGAGAGCUCUAAGAACAUGAGCUCUGGUGAUGAUGAUGAUUUCAACCCCUUCAGAGAUGAGUCCAGUGAGGACAACGAGGACGAUCCUUGGUUAAUUAGAAAAGACCACAAGAAGAACAAAGAUAAGAAAAAGAAGAAAAGUAUAGAUCCAGAUUCCAUUCAAAGUGCCUUGUUAGCAUCAGGUCUUGGUUCAAAGCGGCCCAGUUUCUCCUCUGCACCAGUUAUCUCACCUGCUCCCAACAGCGCACCAGCUAACAGUAACACCAACAGUAACAAUAGCCUUAUAACGAGUCAGGAUGCUGUGGAAAGGGCACAGCAGAUGAAGAAAGACCUGCUUGAUAAACUAGAAAAAUUAGCUGAAGACCUCCCUCCUAACACCUUGGAUGAACUUAUUGAUGAACUUGGUGGUCCUGAAAAUGUGGCUGAGAUGACUGGCCGCAAGGGGCGGGUGGUGAGCAAUGACGAUGGAAGCAUAUCUUAUGAGUCAAGGUCUGAAGUUGAUGUGCCCGUGGAAAUUCUAAACAUCACGGAGAAGCAGAGGUUUAUGGAUGGAAAAAAGAAUAUUGCUAUUAUCUCAGAAGCUGCCAGCUCAGGUAUUUCAUUACAAGCAGAUCGGAGAGCUGAAAAUCAAAGGCGAAGAGUUCACAUGACUUUGGAGUUACCCUGGAGUGCUGAUAGGGCGAUUCAGCAAUUUGGAAGAACACACAGGUCAAACCAAGUAACUGCUCCAGAGUAUGUCUUUUUGAUUUCGGAACUGGCUGGAGAGCAGAGAUUUGCAUCUAUUGUUGCUAAGAGACUCGAGAGUUUGGGGGCACUUACCCAUGGUGACAGAAGAGCAACAGAAUCUAGAGAUCUGAGCAGGUUCAACUUUGACAAUAAGUAUGGAAGAAAUGCUUUGGAAAUUGUUAUGAAAUCCAUUGUAAACUUGGAUUCUCCUAUGGUAUCACCACCUCCAGACUACCCUGGAGAAUUCUUUAAAGAUGUUCGGCAAGGACUGAUAGGAGUGGGCCUGAUUAAUGUUGAAGAUCGGUCAGGAAUUCUUACUCUUGAUAAAGACUAUAACAAUAUAGGAAAAUUCUUAAACAGAAUUCUGGGCAUGGAGGUACAUCAGCAGAAUGCGUUGUUUCAGUAUUUUGCAGACACACUUACUGCUGUUGUUCAGAAUGCCAAGAAGAAUGGAAGAUAUGACAUGGGAAUCUUAGAUCUGGGUUCUGGAGAUGAGAAGGUGAGGAAGAGUGAUGUAAAGAAGUUUCUGACUCCAGGAUACUCCACCUCUGGCCACGUAGAGCUAUACACAAUUAGUGUGGAGAGGGGAAUGUCUUGGGAGGAAGCAACCAAGAUUUGGGCAGAGCUGACAGGACCAGAUGAUGGCUUUUACUUAUCACUGCAAAUAAGAAACAACAAAAAAACUGCAAUCUUAGUUAAAGAAGUAAACCCUAAGAAGAAACUAUUUUUAAUAUACCGACCAAACACUGGGAAACAACUCAAAUUAGAAAUUUAUGCUGAUCUGAAAAAGAAAUAUAAGAAGGUAGUCUCUGAAGAUGCCCUGGUACACUGGCUGGAUCAGUAUAAUUCCUCUGCAGACACCUGUACUCAUGCAUACUGGCGUGGCAAUUGUAAAAAAGCAAGUUUAGGAUUGGUAUGUGAGAUAGGUCUCCGUUGCCGCACAUACUAUGUGUUAUGUGGCUCAGUUCUGAGCGUCUGGACAAAAGUGGAGGGAGUUCUGGCCUCUGUCAGUGGCACAAAUGUGAAAAUGCAGAUAGUGCGGCUAAGAACAGAAGAUGGACAGCGGAUUGUAGGUUUGAUCAUUCCAGCAAAUUGUGUGUCUCCUCUUGUAAAUCUCCUGUCAACUUCAGACCAGUCUCAGCAGCUGGCGGUCCAACAAAAACAGCUGUGGCAGCAGCAUCACCCACAGAGCAUCACCAACUUGAGCAACUCGUAAAGAGCAGCAGCUUCCACAUGGUGUUGAAUGCUGUGAGAGCAUACCACUUGCAUAAAAAUCAGGGACAGUUUCCAAAGAAUUCUAUCUUUUUUUUUUCAGUUGUGCUCUCUAGUUAAUUUGGGGUGGGGGCAGGUUAAGGACAAACCUGGAAUAGGCAGCAACGCUGACAGCAAGCAGAGUGGAGGGUACAUGUGUCUUUCCUCUUGCUUCCUUGGGGCUGCCUGUGCGCUUUUACUUUGGAUGAGCAGAGUGAAUAUGUGUGUGUAUGCGUGUGUGCGCGCGCGCGUGUGCGUAUGUAUCAGUCUAUCUGUGAGUUAAUGCUACAAGACCACAUUUGGUUGAAAAUGCUUGGAACUUCCCAAACUGGCUUUACUCUUCCUUUCUACAGUGCUCAGGGUUAACACAGUAUAUCCUUGUCAUUACUGUGGGAGUUCCCCAGAUGCAUGUGUUCCAAGUCUCUAAAUACAGAAUAUAUAUAUAUUGGUUUCUUUUCCAACUUAAACAAUGUUUCCUACAGCAUGAAGUGAAGGGUUACGUGCCAUGCAUUCAGGUUCUUUUGUAGCUUUUGUUGACAGUGCAUGUCUUUGAAAGCAUGUGUAAUCACGAUUACCACAGAAGUCACAUGGAGAGAAGCAUUGAAGAUGUACAGCAUUGGGUAUUGCAUUUCUAGUGUUUACCUGGGUGUUGCUUCUAACCCUCAGUCCUGCCCACUCCUCCCUGUCCCAGGUUUCUUGUCAAAGUAGUAAGUACAUACCUUUUAUUGUGAUAAAACUCUUUAAAAUUGUAUUUUAAUGUAUUAAUAGUAUUCCUAAUUUGUGCUGCAAAAUGGCUAUGAGCCUUUUCGUAAGUUAUGUUUUCCUUAACUUAAACAUCGUUUUAGGAAGGAGUAUGAUUGGCUUCCAUCCUGCACACAAUCUUUUUUACUUCAUUAUCUGAAUCUGCUUGGUCAUUCAAACCGGAAACCGUACUUGAGUUGUAAACUAGACAGUGAGAAAACACUUGGCUUCUGCUGUAUGUUGUUGUUGUUGUUACCCAGUAACUUGAAUAUUGUUUAAUGUGCUGUAAGACAUUGUAGAGAUUAUCUCCAGCUGUUAAAAAUGGUAAUGUACAAAUGUGAAUAGACACUUAUCUACAACAUGGGUAAGUUUGUUUCGCCUAUAAUAGAUGUUUAUAAAAAACAGUGAGGGGACAGUUGGUCUUUUUGUUUUUAUUUUCCCAGCCUCCCCUUCCCCCAUUUUUUUCUACCCUUUUUUUGCUUGCACAGGUUGCACUAUUGAAAAGUUGAGAUUGUAUAAAUCUGGUUAAAAACUACAAGAUAUCAAAAUCUUGUAGAUGUUGAAUAAAAAAGUUAUUGUACUAAUGAAGUGGACUCUUGUUUAGGCCCUCACUGGGGACUCCAGGCAUAGAUAGCAGGGCUCUGUAGAACUCGGUGUGGCCUUAGCCUUCCAAGGUAGCCUUAGAGUCUGACUGAAGCCCGUUCCUGAAAUCUGAAGUGAUCUUAAGGACGGGGUAAAUGAUGGUACUUUUGAAUGUUUUUCAAGUUGAAUUGUUCUCUUUGUAACUUUUUAAACUUCUCAAAAAAUUGGGUGAGGUGUGUGUGGUAACAGAAAUCUGAUGGAGCGCUUGGGGCUCUCAUUCUCUCCAGUUUCUUUGGUUAAGUUUACCGUGACAUUGUUUCAGAUUUAUUUAUUCUUAGUGCCUCAAAGAACAAAUGGAGACUGGUUUCUGUUCUUGGGCACAUUUUGCCCAGUGGAUGCAACUUUUAUCCUCAUUCCAUGUAUCUCAGGCAGUGAUCUCAUGAGCAUCAAGCAGUAUCCCUUCGUGGCCUAGAUUCAGCUGGCCACCCAGAGUAGAAUUGUGACCCUUUCACAGAUUCUUAGCUCUUGUUUCUGAACUGGUGGACCAUUCUGCUUCCUUUGGCAUAUUAAGAUAAAAGCCAAGGAAGGACUUUGUAACUUAAUUCACUUUUUCCGUGUGACCAAAUUGUAGAGGAUGGGAAAGAUGCUGUGUUGUAGGCUGUUGAUGCCAGCCCCCUUGCACGUGCAGGUGGCUGUUUGGUGGGUCCUGACUUUUCUGCUGCUUUCAGAGCGGCACCUAUCGGAUUUCUCUAGCAUAUGGUUAGUGAACACCUCACCCAGUGAUGUCACUAUGACGUGCUCUUGAAGCAGCCAAGUCUUGGUAAGGGGUCUGUGUUCUGUUCAUCAUUGUUGUUUAGUAAGAAAAGACCCACAAAUACUAGGUAUCUAAGGGCCCUUUCAAAGCACUGAAAAGGCAAGUGGUGUGGGAGAGCGGAAGCAGAGUCGCCUCUGCCCACUGCAGUGUUUGUGACACCUGGGGUUGGUGCCCAACCCCUCUGGAAGGGAGCAAGCAUGUGCUGUCUACACCAUGCCCCUACAAAAUCAUUACGUCUAUUUCAGUCACCAGGAAAGCGCCAGCAUUCAAGGGUUUCUUGUGUCAAAAUUCAAGUCUUUUCAGCCACUGUCAUAUAAAGUGGGUCCAGUCUCCCACAGGAUCUGAAUACCACAUCUGUGUCCAGGGGCCUCACUUAACUCUACCCAGAGGAAGUCCUGGGCCUCUGUGAUGCCUUUUCUCCCACUUAAGCAAUAGAGCUCUGAGCAGCAGAUCCUAUCGUUGACCACCAGUGUUUUCAGAGUUUACACUCCCCAUCAUGCUGAAAAAUCACUCCCAGGUUCCAUGCUGCUCAGGUAUUCUUGCUAGAGAGGUCAUGGCUCCUUCCCCUAACAACCUCUGUGCCACAAGCUUGCCCUCUUUGUGGUCAAGUCAGAGAGCUGUAGGUGCAGAGUCAGAGAAGUAUUAAAGUGUUUAUAUGAACACAGUUAUCAGAAGCUAAGCAGGUUGAGCAGUUCUCUCUUUUUGCUACUAAAGUGCAGACCUGCUUUCAGUGUCUGCUUUUUCCUGUGUAUAUAGAUUAGCAAAGACUUGUAUCCAAAGCACUGUAGUAGCUGUAGUGUGUACAUACAUGUAUUUAUUCUUACUCAGCACUUAAACCUUUUUGAGUUGCAACAAUAAACCUUGUAAUUUGCUUUGUCUAUGGAGAGAAAAGUUGUAGAUUACCAAACUCCGGAGGAGCUAAGUAUUUUAGAGCCACAGUUUUGGCUAUGCCUCUGGGACAUUUAUUUGCUAAUCUCCAUACCAUGUUAUUAGAAUAACUUCUGAGAAACCAGAGAAGGGGAUCAAGGACACACCAUGGAACUGUCCUCCACUUCCCAUAUUAGCACAGGGCCCCUGUGGCUCACUUCUGAAAGCAGGUAGAACAUUCUCGUCCCGUGAGACUUUGUCCAGGAAUCCUGGUUUUAUAAAGGGAUCUUUAUGGGUUCUGGCACUCCCUAGGAAUAGUGUCCCAGAAAAGCUGCUCUUAAGCCACACAGUAAAUGUGGGGAGGCAUACUCAUGGCAAAAGAAGCUGUGAUGGUGUUUGUUAGCGUCCUUCCUAUGUGUGUGGACUCUGGUGAACAGCAUACACAUACACACACCACAUAGGUGCUUUGGCACACAUCUUCCCUGUCAUGGCUGCAGCGGCUAAGACAAAAACCAUUUGCAAGAAAAUCUCUCACAAGACUAGCCAUCUAAGGCAAAUGGGUCCUGUAAGUAAGAGAAACAUGGAGAUGCAGCUUGACUAGGUGGCAGUUUUUCUGAGUGCCCACCCUCUGUUGUAUGCUAUACUUAUAUAUGUACAUAUGAGUGUAUAGAGAAGCGGAGUUCUUCUACGUUUCAAGUGUAAAUCUUGUAAAUCGGGGCCCCAUUCACUCGUUCUUGCACCCCCUCUUCCUUUCCCUCCUAUUUAUUCUUUUCUGGACCCCCAUAUGGGGCAUCUUAGUGCUUUUUUUUUUUUCCAAUGUAGGAAGCUGUGGAAAGCUCAGCUGAGUCAGUGGUUGUUUUUAGAGUUCAGUUUUGCCUCGUGGCUGUAGGAGUCCAGGUGCCUACACAUCUGGCUGUGCUGUCUUGGGCUGUACCUAAGUGCCACUCUUGAUCUUGUCACUGUGUGACUGGUUGUGCUUUUUGUUCUCUAGAAGCUGUAGUGAGCCUGCUCCUUUCCUAUUUCAGAAAGAAAGCAAAACCAUUGCUUCUCUAGACCACCCUUCAGCUCCUUAGCAGCUUGGCUGACUCCUGCCUUUAUUGAGGCCUGCUCCAGUGGUUUGUGGCCUGGCUACAGGCUUCCUAUGUAUAAGAAGUUGGAUUUCUGUGACAAACAGAUGACUUUAUGGCAAACACCAGUAAUCUGAUUUUUAUAUAACUGGUCACAAAUGUUUCUAGUGGUCAGAUGAGCUUAGUACAUGACAGAUGACCUCAGAAAACAGUUGUCAUCCCUUCUACAACAGCCUUCAGCAUAUAUGACAGGUCCGUGUUAGAGUCUCACCCCUGCCAGGAAAAGUUGUAAGCAGAGGAGCUGAGCUUUGUGAGGUUGGUGCUGGUACUGAAGGUGCAGUGGGGUCCUGGAGAUGUUGCUGACCUUCACCUAGGGGGCAGGAGUGAUGUUUUAUUUACAGACCUUUGUACCCUCAAAAAAUGUCCUCUGUAAUUUCUCAGGAAAGAUUUCAGUGAAUAUUCAGCUUGGUAGACUUGAUGACACUUUGAAAAUUGCCUACAUUUGGCUGAGUCUUUGGAACUUAGUUGUCGUGGUUGAAGAUCUGUCAAAGUGCUCCAGCAGGAAUUCCCCCCUUACCCUAUUUCCCUUUCUUUGGUGCCUGAGACAUAGUUGACCUGUGUCCUGCAGCAGCAGCCAGCCAUGUGCAAGGGAUAUAGCAGGGUAUAGUUAGAAGCUGUACAGCAAACAGUUAGCUGUGAGAUACACAGUGUGGAGAAAGAAGAGGUGGCGGCUGCCUUUUGGGUUUUUUUGCACUUCAGGCCACCCUGGCUGAGGGACAGCAUGGAAAUCCCUUGGGGAGAGCUAAUCUGGCCUUUCUGCUUCUGGCCUUCUAUCCCAGACCCCACCCCAAGCACCGUGUAAACCUGUGCAGACAGAUGCAUACGGAGGACCUUGCUGCCAAGGCAGUGACUGUGGUGCUCAGGAGGGUAAAGAAACCUGAGCCGCUUCUGGCUUACUUGAUGGGAUGAGGGAGCCCAUUUUCAUGUUUUAACAUAGCACAGUGCAGCUUCACCACUCUAAAAAAAAAAUCCCCCUGUUCAUAGUUUUUACUGAAUUUGCAAACUACUAUUACUGCUUCUCAAUAACCACUUCUGUCAUCAACCAUGCGGGGUGGGAGAGGUGUGCUGUGUCUGCAAUAAAACUCGUGCCAGCUUCUACCUCCUUAUGCAAAGGGUAUUUAUAUGUAGGCGCUGGUCUUCCUCAUCUGACACGGUGCGUCUGGGAACAUCCGAAAGAGUCCAAAGACCUGAAACAGAGAAGGAUGUAAACUCUUGGGUGGCUUCUGUUGUCCUCAAAUUCUCUCUUGUAUUGCUGCUCUGCACAGGAGUGUCCAUCUGAAUGAAGGCUAAAUGCUGUUCCCAUGAUGCCACACUGCUGCCUUCAGCCUCUCCUGGGAACCUGUUCCCGAGUGUCCAGACCGAGUGCUGCCGUCAUUUUUAUAUGUAACUUUCAAAUUCAGUCUCAUGCAAUACAAGUGUAUCGGCUUCACUGAUCAGGGUACAUUCACCUUGACUAGAAACACUCAAUCUUCACACUGAAAGAACUCUGUAUUUAGGUUUUGGUUGUGGUUUUGGUUUUCAUUUUUGUUUGGAUUUUGUUUUCUGUUUUUGUAAAAUUCUUAAAUAAAAUUAAACAAUUAAAUAUGCUUUUCUUU